CGCUCACCCUCCCCGGUGCUCACCCCUCGCUCGCUAGUUCCACUGCACCACCACCACUCCAAGAACAUCUUGAAGCGAGCUCAAACCCAGCGAAAUGGCUUCUUCCACAGUGCCGCACCACAUCGCGCUGCUGGUGCUCGUCCUGGCGGCGGCCUCAGCGCGCUUGGCCUCUGCGGCCGGCGCGUGCGCGGCGGAGAAGUUCCCGGCUGGGAAGACGUACGCGACGUGCUCGGACCUGCCACAGCUGGGGGCCGCGCUGCACUGGACGUACGACGAGGCCAAGUCGUCCCUGUCGGUGGCGUUCGUGGCGGCGCCGGCGGGGCCGAACGGGUGGGUGGCGUGGGCGCUGAACCCGACGGGCGAGGGCAUGGCCGGCGCGCAGGCGCUGGUGGCCCUCAAAGGCUCCUCCUCCGCGCCCGCCGUGAAGACGUACAACAUCACGGGGUACGUGCCGCUGGGCGGGGCGUCGACGCCCAUCGCGUUCCCGGCCACGGAGCUGGCCGCCGACGCCGGGAGCGGCGGCAAGAUCCGGCUGUACGGGAAGCUGCAGCUGAAGAAGGGGAUGAAGGCGGUUAACCAGGUGUGGCAGGUGGGCACCUCCGUCACCGGCGGGGCACCGGACAAGCACGCGUUCGCGGCCGGCAACCUCGCCGCCAAGGCCAAGCUCGUGCUCUCCGGCAAGGCGACCGCCCCGGCGCCCGCGCCCGCGGCGAUGUCCGGUGGCCCGGCCGGGUCCGCCGGUAGCGUGGGCGGCGCUGGAGCUGCCACGACGCCGGCUGCCGGGAAGCCCGCCUCUGCGGCGGCCACGGUCGGCGUGUCGUCAGUUGCAGGCGUUGCGCUCGCGUUGAUGGGUUUCUUGGCCGUAGUAUGAUAGCAUUUCUCGGUGAUAGCACGGUUGAGUACCAUAAUUAGUGGAGGCGCAUGCGCUCGCAGGAGGGAAGCAUUUCUUGAACAAUGUUUAUUGUUCCAUUUUUUGUGGAUGCAUCGAUGAUCUUGCUGCCUAGUAGUUCUAAUUUUGUUGGUAUUUUCUUUCGAAAUAAAAGAUGUUUGGUGUGCUAGUUAUUUA